UCCAGGGGCCGCGGUUUCCGCGGGCAGACUGCCGCCUCUGUUGGUCCUCGCCGCCGGACUCUUGCUCUCCGUGCCAAGCAGCUGCGCUGCUCAGAAGGUACCCAUAGGUGCGAUCUUCGAGCAGGGCACAGAUGAGGUGCAGGACGCCUUCAAGUUCGCCGUCCUCACGCACAGCCAGAACGCCUCCUCUGGCCGCCGCUUCGAGCUGCAGGCGUUCGUCGACGUCAUCAACACCGCCGAUGCCUACAAGUUGUCCAGAAUUAUCUGCAGCCAGUUCUCUCGGGGCGUGUUCUCCCUGGUCGGAGCCGUCAGCCCGGACUCCUUCGACACGCUGCACUCUUACAGCAACACCUUCCAGAUGCCUUUCGUCACGCCUUGGUUCCCAGAGAACGUGCUGGCUCCAUCGUCGGGUCUGCUCGACUACGCCAUCAGCAUGCGGCCCGACUACCACCAGGCCAUUAUUGACGUCGUCUGUCACUACGGCUGGAAGAGCGUCAUAUACCUGUACGAUUCCAACGAUGGUCUGCUGAGACUACAGCAGAUCUUCCAAAGCCUGCGUCCUGGCCGCGGGUCAUUCCACGUGGAGGCUGUGAAACGAGUCCAGAACACGUCGGAUGCCAUCGACUACCUGCACAGUUUGGAAGAGGUCAGCAGGUGGAGCAACAAGUACGUAAUACUGGACUGCCCGACAGAGAUGGCGAAGGAGAUUGUGGUGACGCACGUGCGAGACAUUACACUCGGCAAGCGGACCUACCACUACCUCCUGAGCGGGCUGAUAAUGGACGACAGAUGGGAGAGCGAAGUCAUAGAGUACGGCGCUAUCAACAUCACGGGGUUUCGCAUCGUGGACUCAUCCAGAACUUACGUCCGCCAGUUUCUGGACAGCUGGCGGAAGUUCAACCAUAGCUCAUCAACUGCCGUAUCCCACGGAUACAUAUCGGCCCCGGCGGCGCUGAUGUACGACGCGGUGUUCGCGCUGGUGGAGGCGUUCAGCCGGCUGGUGCGGAAGAAGCAGGAGCUGCUGCGGCGCGGCGCCGCGCCCGCCGUCGAGUGCAACCUGGGCGGCGGCUUCGUCACGCACUGGGAGCACGGCGAGAAGAUCGCCCGCCUGCUGCGCAAGGUAGAAAUCGAGGGCCUCACUGGAGACAUCCGCUUCAGUGAGGAUGGCCGUCGCCGAAACUACACUCUGCACGUCGUCGAGAUGACUGUCAAUAGCGCCAUGGUCAAGGUGGCGGAGUGGUCGGACCAGACGGGCCUGUCGGAGGUGGCAGCCAAGUACGUGCGUCCCUGGCCCGGCUCCAGUAUAUACAGGAACAAGACGUACAUCGUUACGACCAUUGUGGAGGAACCAUACAUAAUCCUUCGGAAGCCAGAGGCUGGAGAGGUUCUCUCCGGCAACGACCGCUUCGAGGGGUACUGCAAGGACCUCGCUGACCUGAUUGCCAAGAAGAUCGGCAUCAACUACGAGCUGCGCAUCGUGAAGGACGGCCAGUACGGCGCCGAGAACCCUGAAGUGGAGGGCGGAUGGGACGGCAUGGUGGGAGAGCUCGUCCGGAAGGAGGCGGACAUCGCCAUCGCAUCGAUGACGAUAACGUCGGAACGCGAGCGCGUGAUCGACUUCAGCAAGCCGUUCAUGUCGCUGGGCAUCAGCAUCAUGAUCAAGAAACCGGUGAAGCAGAAGCCGGGCGUGUUCAGCUUCCUGAACCCGCUGAGCAAGGAGAUCUGGGUGUGCGUCAUCUUCUCGUACGUGGGCGUCAGCAUCGUGCUGUUCAUCGUGUCGCGCUUCUCGCCGUACGAGUGGCGCCUACUGCAGCCGGGCUCCGAGGAGGCGGCGGGGCUGGCCGUGGUGAGCGUUCCGGUGCCGGCGGCGUGCGGCGCGCUGGGGCUGGCCGCCGUGGGAGACGCGGACGGGGGAGGCGCCGCCACGGCGGGCUGCGGCACGCUCGUCAACGACUUCAGCAUCCUCAACAGCCUCUGGUUCGCGCUGGGCGCGCUCAUGCGGCAAGGCUGCGACGUGUCGCCCAGGUCUGUCUCCGGGCGCAUCGUGGGCAGCGUGUGGUGGUUCUUCACGCUGAUCCUUCUGUCGUCCUACACGGCCAACCUGGCCGCUUUCCUCACUGUGGAGCGCAUGGUGGCGCCCAUCAACAGCCCUGAGGACCUGGCCUCGCAGACGGAGGUCGAGUACGGCACGCUCUACCACGGAUCCACCUGGGACUUUUUCAGGAGGUCGCAGAUCACGCUGUACAGCAAAAUGUGGGAGUUCAUGAACUCCCGCAAGCACGUGUUCGUGCGAACGUACGACGAGGGCAUCCGAAGAGUGCGUACGUCGAAAGGGAAGUACGCGCUGCUGAUCGAGUCCCCUAAGAACGACUACAUCAAUGAGAGGGAGCCCUGCGACACCAUGAAGGUCGGCCGCAACCUGGACGCCAAGGGCUUCGGUAUCGCGACGCCAUUGGGAUCGCCCUUAAGGGAUGAGAUUAAUUUGGCGGUAUUGUCGCUAAUAGAGAAUGGGGAGCUGACAAAACUGAAGAACCGCUGGUGGUAUGACCGUACUGAAUGCAAGCAUGGCGACAAACAGGACACGUCCCGCAGUGAGCUUUCCUUGAGUAACGUUGCCGGCAUCUUCUACAUCUUGGUCAGUGGAUUGCUGCUCGCGAUGGCUGUAGCCCUGCUCGAAUUCUGCUACAAAUCACACGUGGAGGCUUCCCGUGCCAAGAUUCCAUUAUCUGAUGCCUUCAGGGUGAAAGCGAGACUAACUGUUGGAGGAGGAAGAGAAUUUGAUAAUGGAAGAUAUUACACACCAGCCAAUCAGAUAAACUACCUUGACGAUGAAGAAUAUCAUACCAACACACAUACUCAAGUCUGAUGAUACUUGCUAAAUCGAGUAGCAGAUGAUCAUCUCUCAUUGCCUCAACAAGCUCCAUACAGUGUGGAACUGUGUUCGAUUCAACAAACAAACUUCAGUGCACCUGAGGUACUUCAAGUACAAGCAAUGUACAAUGGGAAUUAGUUUUCCACAGUUUUUAAAAUAAAAUUUAGUGUUUUUGAUUGCUUGUUAACUAUAUUGUGCCCUUUUUGUGGGUACAUAGUGGAAUGUUCUCAAGAUAGUGAUUUAUGGUGCAAAAUUAAUACUUUGUGAUUCUGACAGCAUCUAAUAGUAAUUUAUGAGCUGCCACAAUAUGGAUCUCUAUGAAAAUGGGAAGAAAACUGCACAAGCGUACUACUGAAAUCAUAUGGUGCCAGAGUGCAA